AAUACGGCGGCGGGCGCGGAGCCGCGCGGCCGCCCCGCACCAUGUACGCGUUCGUGCGGUUCCUGGAGGACAACGUGUGCUACGCGCUGCCCGUGUCCCGCGUGCGGGACUUCAGCCCCACCUCCCAGCAGGACUUCGACAACCAGAAGGUCUACACCGUGUACCGCAACCCCGAGGAGGCGGCGGACGAGGACGACGAGAGCCCCGGCGAGUGGGGCGACCGCCUGCUGCUGCACAAGGCCCAGAUCCUGGCGCUGGCAGAGGACAAAACUGACCUUGAGAACAGUGUGAUGCAGAAGAAAAUUAAAAUCCCCAAACUCUCUCUCAAUCACAUAGAAGAAGCUGGGGAGGUUACAGAUUAUGGGGAAGAAGAUGUGGAGCUUAGACACAGUAAGAGACAAGAUGGGAGGAAACAAAGUGAAGGUACACACAAAAGCAUUGAAGCAGUUGUUGCUCGCCUUGAAAAACAGAACGGGAUGAGUCUCAGUAAUACUUCCAGCCCUGAGGAGGCUUUUAUGGAGGCUACAGAAGGCAUGAACAAUAUGGACGAUGCCGUAGUUCCUCGGAUUCUCUAUGAGGAAUUGCUGAGGAGUUACCAGCAGCAGCAGGAAGAAAUGAGACACAUUCAACAGGAGCUUGAGAGAACGCGGAGACAGCUUGUGCAACAGGCAAAGAAGCUAAAGGAGUAUGGGGCACUCGUUUCAGAAAUGAAAGAGCUCAGAGACUUGAACAGGAGGCUUCAGGAUGUACUGCUCCUAAGACUAGGUAGUGGACCUGCCAUUGAGGUUGAAAAAGUAAAACCUGAAUCUAUUGAGCCCGAACCUGAGGUACAGAAGACCUUCAGUGAGGAAGCAAAUACAUCAACGUACUACCCUGCCCCUGUUCCAGUAAUGGACAAGUAUAUUCUCGAGAAUGGAAAGGUCCAUCUUGGCAGUGGAAUUUGGGUAGAUGAGGAGAAAUGGCACCAGCUGCAAGUAACACAAGGAGAUUCAAAGUAUACAAAAAAUCUAGCGGUUAUGAUUUGGGGAACAGAUGUUCUCAAGAACAGAAGUGUCACAGGAGUUGCAACCAAAAAAAAGAAAGAUGCCGUUCCCAAGCCACCUCUCUCACCUCACAAAUUAAGCAUUGUCAGAGAAUGUUUGUAUGAUAGAAUAGCACAAGAAACUGUGGAUGAAACUGAAAUUGCACAGAGACUCUCCAAAGUCAACAAGUACAUCUGUGAAAAAAUCAUGGAUAUCAAUAAAUCAUGUAAAAAUGAAGAAAGGAGGGAAAUUGCAAAGUACAAUUUGCAAUAAAUUUUGGAUUUUUAAUAAAGUCUUAGUGUUUUACUUAAGUGUUGGUUUUUGAUUUGUGUGGCAUUUUUGCUGAUGGGAGAAGAUGAAUUGAAGCGUUGCUCUCUUCCUAUAACUGAUUCGUUUUUUGAGCGGUUCUGUCAUGGUGUAAACUGCUUUUAACUAAUGUAAGAUAUAUUGUAAGUUCACUCACAAUGAAAACUGAAGUUUCCAAGGUUUCUCCAGCGAGAUGCAGUUUGUUACCUGCGGUUGUACAUGGGCUGUGGUUCUGCGGACACCGACCCAUUUGCCCUACGUUGAGUUUUACUGGAGUUAGUGGAUCUCAGCUGCAGUAAAACAUCUGCUUAGAGGGAAGAACUGUACAAAAUUCACUUUGCUAUUGAAAGGGGUUUUAUUGUAUUUUACAAAGUGUUUUUCCUGAAAUGAAGUUUCAAUCGUUUGUUUUUAUAAAUCUUUGUUUUGAUCUCUAACAAUAUAUUUGAUCAAAAAUACACAAAGAACAUUUCUCUUUCAAGUAUCUUGUAGGUACAUCACUAUUACCAUCAUAGUUUAAAAAAACCAAAAACCAAACAAUAAACAACAAAGAACCCAAAGCUGUAAGUUGUAAAAUCAUGACAAUUCAUUUUAAUAAAUAAAUCUAAAAGCAGUUCUUUUUCAGGCACCAAGACACUUCAGAUUUCUGGUUGUG